UUUUGGCCCCUUCUCACAGACCCAGAUGAGACCAUGAUGGCGAUCCCCAGGGGCAGGUGCUGACAGACUCCCCAGCUCCGACACUGUUCAUCCUGCCACCAUUGCCAGUCUCGGUAUCUAAAUGCCACAGUGCUCUUGGGGCAAGUUGGGCUGGGGACCACUGUUGCCUUUUAAGACCAUAAAACCAUGGGAAACGCCGAAAGUCAAAAUGUGGAGCAUGAGUUUUAUGGAGAAAAGCACGCCAGCCUUGGGCGCAAGCACACGUCGCGCUCACUGCGCCUCUCGCACAAGACGCGGCGCGCGCGGCACGCCUCCUCCGGGAAGGUGAUCCACCGCAACUCCGAGGUCAGCACGCGCUCCAGCAGCACCCCCAGUAUCCCCCAGUCCCUGGCUGAGAAUGGCCUGGAGCCCUUUGCCCAGGAGGGCACCCUGGAGGACUUCGGCAGCCCCAUUUGGGUGGACCGUGUGGAUAUGGGCUUGAGGCCGGUCUCCUACACCGAUUCCUCUGUCACCCCCAGCGUUGACAGCAGCAUCGUGCUCACCGCUGCGUCUGUGCAGAGCAUGCCAGACUCUGAGGAGAGCCGGCUCUAUGGGGAUGACGCGACAUACUUGGCUGAGGGUGGCAGGCGGCAGCAUCCCUAUACCUCCAACGGGCCCACGUUCAUGGAGACCGCGAGCUUUAAGAAGAAGCGCUCCAAAUCUGCAGACAUCUGGCGGGAGGACAGCCUGGAAUUCUCACUCUCUGAUCUGAGCCAAGAACAUUUAACAAGCAACGAAGAAAUCUUGGGUUCCGCUGAAGAGAAGGAGUGCGAGGAGGCUCGGGGGAUGGAGGCUCGGGGGAGCCCGCGGCGGCUCAGCACCUGUCAGCGUGCCAACUCCCUGGGUGACUUGUACGCGCAGAAAAACUCCGGGGUGACAGCGAACGGGGGACCAAGGAGCAAACUUACAGGCUGCUGUCGGAAUUUGGUAUCUGAUAUCCCUGAUCUUGCAAACCAUAAGAUGCCACCAGCAGCUGCCGAGGAGACGGCUCCGUACAGUAAUUACAACACACUCCCCUGUAGGAAAUCGCACUGUCUUUCCGAAGGUGCCACCAACCCACAAAUUAGCCAUAGCAACAGCAUGCAAGGCAGAAGAGCAAAAACAACUCAGGAUGUUAACACCGGUGAGGGCAGUGAGUUUGCAGACAGUGGGAUCGAAGGUGCCACCACCGACACGGACCUGCUCUCCAGGCGCUCCAAUGCCACCACCUCGAGCUACUCGCCCCCCACUGGCCGGGCCUUUGUGGGCAGCGAUAGCGGGAGCAGCUCCACCGGGGAUGCAGCUCGCCAGGGGGUGUACGAGAACUUCCGGCGGGAGCUGGAGAUGAGCACCACCAACAGCGAAAGCCUGGAGGAGGCGGGCUCCGCGCACAGCGACGAGCAGAGCAGCGGCACCCUGAGCUCACCCGGCCAGUCGGACAUCCUUCUCACGGCCGCGCAGGGCACCGUGCGCAAGGCGGGCGCCCUGGCCGUCAAGAACUUCCUCGUGCACAAGAAGAACAAGAAGGUGGAGUCGGCCACCCGCAGGAAGUGGAAGCACUACUGGGUGUCCCUGAAAGGUUGCACCCUCUUCUUCUACGAGAGCGACGGCAGGUCUGGAAUAGAUCACAACAGCAUUCCCAAGCACGCCGUGUGGGUGGAGAACAGCAUUGUGCAGGCCGUGCCUGAGCACCCCAAGAAGGACUUUGUCUUCUGCCUCAGCAAUUCCCUGGGGGAUGCCUUCCUCUUUCAGACCACCAGUCAGACGGAGCUGGAGAACUGGAUCACCGCGAUCCAUUCAGCCUGUGCAGCUGCCGUCGCCAGACAUCACCACAAAGAAGACACGCUCCGGCUGCUCAAAUCCGAGAUCAAAAAACUGGAGCAGAAGAUUGAUAUGGACGAGAAGAUGAAGAAAAUGGGCGAGAUGCAGCUGUCUUCAGUCACUGACUCGAAGAAGAAGAAAACAAUAUUAGAUCAGAUCUUUGUUUGGGAGCAAAACCUUGAACAAUUCCAAAUGGACUUAUUUCGGUACCGCUGUUACCUAGCCAGCCUCCAAGGUGGAGAACUGCCAAACCCUAAGAGGCUACUUGCUUUUGCAAGUCGACCAACGAAAGUAGCCAUGGGCCGCCUUGGAAUCUUUUCCGUAUCAUCUUUUCAUGCCCUGGUGGCAGCACGCACAGGUGAAACUGGAGUGAGAAGACGUACUCAGGCCAUGUCCAGAUCCGCAAGCAAGCGAAGGAGCCGGUUUUCUUCUCUUUGGGGUCUGGAUACUACCUCCAAAAAGAAGCAGGGACGCCCAAGCAUCAACCAGGUAUUUGGGGAGGGAGCUGACUCUGUGAAGAAGUCUUUAGAAGGAAUUUUUGAUGACACCGUUCCAGAUGGCAAGAGGGAGAAAGAAGUGGUCUUGCCUAGUGUCCACCAGCACAAUCCUGACUGUGACAUUUGGGUCCAUGAGUAUUUCACUCCCUCCUGGUUCUGUCUACCAAAUAAUCAGCCCGCACUGACAGUCGUCCGGCCGGGGGACACUGCACGGGAUACUCUGGAGCUGAUCUGCAAGACACAUCAGCUGGAUCAUUCUGCUCAUUACCUGCGUCUGAAAUUUCUAAUAGAAAACAAAAUGCAUCAGUACGUUCCAAAGCCCGAGGAGGACAUUUAUGAGCUGCUGUACAAAGAAAUUGAAAUUUGUCCAAAAGUCACUCAGAACAUCCAGAUUGAGAAGUCCGAUACAGUGGCUGAUAAUUAUGGAUUUUCACUGUCUUCUGUGGAAGAAGAUGGCGUUCGAAGGCUCUACGUGAAUAGUGUGAAGGAAACGGGUUUAGCGUCGAAGAAUGGCCUGAAAGCAGGAGAUGAGAUUCUUGAGAUCAAUAAUCGUGCUGCUGGAACCCUGACCUCAUCAGUGCUCAAAGACUUCCUCACACAGCCGUCCCUGGGCCUCCUGGUGAGGACCUACCCUGAGCCUGAGGCGGGAGAGGAGCUGCUGGAGAGCCCGCCCCACCGGGUGGACGGCCCAUUGGACUUCAGCGAGAGCCCCCUGGAUUUUCUCACCAGCAACCCAGGUCACAGUCUUUGCAGCGAUCAGGGGAGUAGUGCAGAGACUGCGCCUGAGGAGACCGACGGGCCAGACCUGGAAUCCUCGGAUGAGACUGACCACAGCAGCAAGAGUACGGAGCAGGUGGCCGCUUUCUGCCGCAGCCUACAUGAGAUGAGCUCCUCUGACCAGAGCCCUUCGCCUCAGGACUCCACGGGGCCUCAGCUGGCCACCAUGAGACAGCUCACCGAUGCUGAUAAGCUUCGCAAGGUCAUCUGCGAGCUCCUAGAGACGGAGCGCACCUACGUCAAGGACUUAAAUUGUCUCAUGGAACGAUACCUGAAACCUCUUCAAAAAGAAACUUUUCUCACCCAAGACGAGCUUGAUGUGCUCUUUGGGAAUUUAACUGAAAUGGUAGAAUUUCAAGUGGAGUUCCUUAAAACUCUGGAAGAUGGGGUGAGACUGGUACCUGACUUGGAAAAGCUUGAGAAAGUUGAUCAAUUUAAGAAAGUGCUGUUCUCACUGGGGGGAUCCUUCCUGUAUUACGCUGACCGCUUCAAGCUCUACAGUGCCUUCUGCGCCAGCCACACAAAAGUCCCCAAGGUUCUGGUGAAAGCCAAGACAGACACAGCUUUCAAGGCUUUCUUGGAUGCCCAGAACCCGAAGCAGCAGCACUCAUCCACCCUCGAGUCUUACCUCAUCAAGCCCAUCCAGAGGAUCCUCAAGUACCCUCUCCUGCUGAAGGAGCUGUUUGCCCUGACGGACGCAGAGAGCGAGGAGCACUACCACCUGGACGUGGCCAUCAAGACCAUGAACAAAGUGGCAAGUCACAUCAAUGAAAUGCAGAAAAUCCAUGAAGAGUUUGGUGCCGUGUUCGACCAGCUCAUUGCUGAGCAGACGGGUGAGAAAAAAGAGGUCGCCGAUCUGAGCAUGGGGGACCUGCUUCUACACACCACCGUGAUCUGGCUGAACCCUCCCACCUCACUGGGCAAGUGGAAGAAGGAGCCAGACCUGGCAGCAUUUGUCUUUAAAACGGCUGUGGUCCUUGUGUAUAAAGAUGGCUCCAAGCAGAAGAAGAAACUUGUAGGAUCUCAUAGGCUCUCAAUUUACGAGGACUGGGACCCCUUCCGAUUUCGACACAUGAUCCCCACCGAGGCUCUGCAGGUUCGAGCUUUGGCAAGUGCAGAUGCAGAAGCAAAUGCCGUUUGUGAGAUCGUCCAUGUAAAAUCAGAGUCUGAAGGGCGACCAGAGAGAGCCUUUCACCUGUGCUGCAGCUCCCCAGAGAGCCGGAAGGAUUUCCUGAAGGCAGUGCAUUCGAUCCUGCGAGAUAAGCACAGAAGACAGCUACUCAAAACCGAAAGCCUCCCCUCGUCCCAGCAAUAUGUCCCUUUCGGAGGAAAGAGAUUGUGUGCACUGAAAGGGGCCAGGCCAGCCAUGAGCAGGGCAGUGUCCGCCCCAAGCAAGUCUCUUGGGAGGAGGAGGCGGCGCCUGGCUCGAAACAGGUUUACCAUUGAUUCGGAUGCGGUCUCCGCUGGCAGCCCAGAGCGAGAGUCCCAGCAGCCGCCCGGUGGCGGGGACACUGACCGCUGGGUGGAGGAGCAGUUCGACCUUGCUCAGUAUGAAGAGCAAGAGGACAUCAAGGAGACAGACAUCCUCAGUGACGACGAUGAGUUCUGUGAGUCGGCGAAGGGCGCCUCAGCGGACAGAGACCUGCAGGAGCGGCUGCAGGCCGCCUCCAUCAGCCAGCGGGAGAGGGGCCGCAGAGCCCUGGACACUCACGCGUCCCGGAUGACGCAGCUCAAGAAGCAGGCGGCGCUUUCGGGCAUCAAUGGGGGCCUGGAGAGCACGAGCGAGGAGGUCAUCUGGGUCAGGCGCGAAGACUUCGCCCCCUCCAGGAAACUGAACACUGAGAUCUGACUGCUCCCCUUCCCGUGCGAGUGUGUAGAUAGAACCCCCGCCCUCGCUCCGCCCGCCUGCCCCGGAGCGCCCCCUUGCGCACGCUCGUGCGCACACGGUUCGGGCAGCCGACUUUGCUCCGAAGCCAUGUGGCCCACCCGACCUUGUCAUUCAUUUCUCACAAAAGCAUCCAAAAGAAUCGUCCCAAAUUCUAAAUAAGCUCGAGUCCUUUCUUCUGUAUAUUUCCAAGGGCUUUUAUUUAUUCUCAAUCAAUCAGGUCCUGAAGAAUUAAAAAAAAAAAAAACAACACAACACAACAGAUUAUUUAUAGCACUGGAAAGAAAAUUACACUCCCCCCAACACCUCCUGCCCUGGGAGUAUGUACAGCAGAUGAGUUCACAGGCAGUGUAGAAUAAAAGAAAAAGCAUUGUAUCCAAAACCAAUCUGAGUCAUCUCCUAGGUCGGGGGUCCACCUUCCAACCCACAAUGAAAGGAAACGCCUUUCCCUUGUAAGUGUCUGCGAGUAUCUGUGUAUUUUAGGGAUGUGUGAGGAGAGGGUGGAGAUUUAUGUUUUGAUGAGCCUUUUUGCCUUGUUUUUUUUUUUGUUUUCUUUUUUCUUUUCAUGUUUAAGUCUCUGGCUGGUCUUUAGUGUCAGUGUUCGGAAGCUCUAGUUUUGCAUAGAAUUAUAAAGAUGCCAAACUUUGCAAAGAGAUCCAAAUUUAUCACUUGAAAAAUAGAAAGAGAAAAAGAAAACUCACUAUUUUUUAUAUUUUACCUGAGAUGCAGGGGCACAAACAGGUGAGAAUUUUACAGUGUUCAUGUAACUCUGACUUGGGGAAAAAAAUGAGGAUAUUAUCUUUUACAGAGAGAGUGAGGUGUAGUGAUUUUAUAUUUAUAUAUAAAAGGCCAACAAGAAACUCAUGCUUAGUGUUUACUUUUUUCCCCUAGGAAGAUGUUUUGUUGUUUGUUUGUUUUUUUUUUAAAAAAAAAACCUCUUGGAUUCUAUAUUUGAGAUGGGAAUUUGGUUGGAUUAAACAGGACACCGAAUGAGCAGUGUGUAUGUCUGUUGCACAUGGCAGGGGCAGGGCAGAGGGAGCCUCCUUCUGGGGUUGCCAUGGUGAUCAUUAGUUUUCCCAUCCACACGGCAUCUUCAUCCAUAGAUGACCCACUCCUCCCCUGACAGUCUACAACCAAACCUCUUAGCAAAAUAACCUGUUCAAAGACAUCUCUUUGAGUUUCACACUUUCUUCAUGCCAACGAAACAGGGUAAACAUGAGAAUACCUAACAUGCUAAACCGAUUUCCAAUGAAGAAAGAACAAAAAUGAUAGCACUUUCAAUUUUUUUAUUAAUUAAAAAUAAAAAGGGUUUAUAGCUUUUCUUUGGUUUUUCUCUCUCCCCAUUUCACAAUGUCCACUUCCUAAGAAGGGUUUCAAUAAUAUGUAAACUUUUCUUUUUUGGGGAAAAAAUUAUCUAUUUGGUGUUUGACACAUCAGUAGGUACUUUAAAGACCUGAAUUUUAUAGUAGCUUUAGGAAUUAUAUUUUAUAAGAAUCAGUUAUGACUUUAUAUUUCCAGAUAGAGAGAGUUCAGAACAUCACGCUCUUGUGCUCCUGCUUGCUUCCCCUGCUUCCCCGCCCUCUCCCCUUCCCCUUUCGGGUCUCCAGGGCUUUGAGCUUGAUCUUUUGAAAGUUUUAUUCUAUUAAAUUUUUGCUAUAUCUUCUGGUUUUCCUAAAAGCUUUAGAAUGGUUUCUAUACCCUUUGUAUCACUGCAUUGUUCCAUGUCAUCUCCGGUUCGAUUGUGUCCGGAUGGAUAACGGAAACAGAGGCUUCUAACAUCGCAUCCCCUAGUCCCAGUGCAAUGGGGGCGUUUGGAAAUACUGGAAAGUCUGGUGCUUGGAGAGGGUGCCAUUGUCUCUUGUACAUAAGGUCAUGACGUGUCUAUGUCCAAAGUUCUUAUAUAUUUCUUUUAUAAGCUGAAAGAAGGUCUAUUUUUAUGUUUUUAGGUCUAUGAAUGGAACGUUGUAAAUGCCUGUCAAACAAUAAAAAUAUUGAAAUGUG